AUGAAGAUCAGCGCCUCCUUUGCUAGGCUGAGCGCCUGCCUCUCGCUCGCCCUCGCCGCGUCCUGCCUCCUCGCAAGCACCGGCGCCGACGCGGCCGUCGUCACCUCCCAGCUCUCCUCGGUGACCGGCCAGGAGUGGGACUAUGUCAUCGUCGGCGCCGGCCUCACGGGCCUCGUCGUCGGCAAGCGCCUCGCCGACGGCGGCAACGCAAAGGUCCUCGUCAUCGAGGCGGGCAACGACGACCGCGCCAACCCCGACGUCUCUGAUGUCGGAAGGUACGGCUCGGCGUUUGGCACCGGCAUGGACUGGUCCUUCUCCACCGUCCAGCAGGGCCUCUCGGGCAACACCAAGACGCUCCGCGCCGGCAAGACGAUUGGCGGCUCGACCUCGAUCAACGGCGCGGCCUGGAACCGCGGACACCGGAGCCAGUACGACAACCUCGCCACGCUCGUCGGCGACCAGGGCUUCAACUUCCAGGGCCUCCAGGCCGCCAUGAACAAGGCCGAGUCGUUUGUGCCGCCGGACAGCACGCAAAAGAACCUCGGCGUGACCUACGACGCCUCGGCGCACGGCAGCAGCGGACCGCUGCAGAUCACCUAUACCAAGGUCAAUGGCGGUGGCAGCCGCCGCCGGUCGGUCUCGAAGCGCAUGUACAGCGGCCCGCAGCAGGCGGCGUUUGUGUCGUCUAUCAAGAGCGCCCUGGGCGUCGACAAGGUCGUCGACCAGUGCAGCGGAGACAACAACGGCGCCGCCUACGCGGCCAACUCGAUCCAGACAAACGGCCAGCGCUCGAGCGCCGCCAGCUCCUACCUCGCCCAGUCCGGCGACAACCUCACCGUCCUCACCGGCCACCGCGGCGCCAGCCUCGCUUGGGCCGACGGAUCGUCGUCGUCGUCGGCCAAGGCCAGCGGCAUCAAUGUGCAGCAGUCGCAGAACGGGCCUAUCCAGCGCAUCCAGGCCAGCCGCGAGGUGAUCCUUGCCGCCGGCGCCAUCAACACGCCUGCCAUCCUGGAGCGGUCGGGCGUCGGCGCGUCGGACGUCGUGUCGCGGCUCGGUGUGCGCCAGGUCGUCGACCUACCGGGCGUCGGCCGCAACCUGCAGGAGCAGACGAUGAACACGCUCGGAGCGCAGGCCAACGUCAACUACGCCGGCGGCGGACCGUCCAACAUGAUUGCGAUGCCCAACGUCUACCAGCUCCUCGCCAACGCCACGGCGGUGCGCGACUACGUCAACGGCAACCUCGACGCCUGGGCCGACUCGCUCGUCUCGCAGGGCCACGUCGCCAGCCGCGAGGGCCUGCUCAAGCAGUGGCAGCUCUCCGUCUCGGCCAUCUUUGACGACCGGGCGCCCGUGUGCGAGCUCUUCUUCGACACGGGCUACCCGUCCAACUCGUACGGCAUCGACACCUGGUGCCUCCUGCCCUUCUCGCGCGGAUCCACCCACGCCACCUCGACCGACGCCUUCACCGACCCGACCAUCAACCCCAACUACUUUGCCAUCCCCAUCGACAUGGACAUGCAGGUCGCCGCGCUGCGCGGCGGGCGUCGCAUCCUCCAGGCCGACCCGCUGCGGUCGCUGACGUACAACGGCGAGACGACGCCCGGCUUCGGCCACAUCCCCGACGGCACCAACCACGGCCUGUACAGGCGCUGGCGCGACUGGGUCCUGGGCACUGACGGCACCGGCGGCUUCUCGUCGGUCUCGCACCAGAUCGCCACCUGCUCGAUGAUGCCGCGCGAGCAGGGCGGCGUCGUCGACCCCACCUUCAAGGUCUACGGGACCGACAACGUGCGCGUCGUCGAUGCCAGCGCGCUGCCCGUCCAGGUCAGCGCCCACCUCUCGAGCACGCUGUACGGCCUCGCCGAAAAGGCUGCCGAGGCUAUCCAGGGCGGUCAGGCGUAG